GGAAGCCCGUUCUGAUCGGGGGAGAGGCUCAUCCCCCCCUCUUGACCGCUGGGACCACGAGCCGCCUUGCAGAGGCUACGUUUUCAGGCCCGUCUCUUUCGGGUUCCGCUUCCCUUGCAGGCAGCGGCGGGCCAUCUGUUAGCGGCGCGCCUGUGAGCCUCUCGCUGGUUUUCAGGCCCGACUGAGCCUGGGCCGGCCUCCCAUUCGUACACUCUGAGGCGACGCCGGAGCAGCCCAGUUUUGUGAGGAGGCGGAGACCCGCGGGCCCUGGCCAGCGAGAGCAAGCGAAGCAAACGUGGCUUCCAUGCAGCCUGAGCGCGGCGACCGGCCCCGAAGGGGAGGCGGCCGGCAGACUCGGAGGCGGCCGGGCGGUAGGGAAAGGCAGGCUGAAGGCGCCGGAGGCCGCGCCGAAGACGGCCCCAACCGAGGAGGGAGGAGCCGGGGAAGAAGCGGAGGAGGGGGACGAGGCGGGGGCCAGGGCCGGCGCGACACCCGCGGCAGAGGGGUGGCCGCCUCCCCCUCCGCUCCUCAGUGUUACGAGUCGGCUGCUGUUGAUCUUGAAUUACAAGAAGAGGGGAGAGAAGACCAGGGAAGUUAUUCACGAAGAAAAGUCGUUUCCAACUGGCACCGCUAUGAAGAUAGUGAGAAAGAAAUACAAAAUGACAGCGUUGAAUCUCAGCGUGGGACUGACUUCAGUGUUCUGCUUAGCUCAGCAGGAGAUUCCUUCACACAGUUCAGAUUCAGUGAAGAAAAAGAGUGGAGUGUAGAAAACCUUUGCCCAAAGCAGUUUUCUGGAUUGUAUGUUGACUGUCAGUCUUUGGUCCAGGCACUUGAUAACCUGCCACUGCAUCUCAGACUGAACGUGGAUGCUGAACUAGUGCAGAAUACCGUGCCUGUCACACUCCCCCAGAGUAAGCUGAAGAGUAAUGAUGUUCCCAUGAGAAGUGGAGGCAUAGUGCAGCCGUCCAUGGGGCAAAGUAAAGUUGCACCAAGCUCUUACCCUGCUGCAGGCUCUGCUGCCCCUUUCAUUUUGCCAAAGAAAGAUGGAUGUGAUACUUCUUCAGAGGCCCACCAGAAAAGCCCUUCAGUUGAACGCCAAGAAACAGAUCAUUUGGAUGAAGAUCUUGAUCUACUUCUGAAGUUAGAUGCCCCUGCUAAUCCUGAAAACAAUUUUGCAUUAUCCCUUGACACAUUAUCAGAUGAUUGGAGAACCCCACAUGAAGAAAAAGACCAUUUACAACUGGACGGAAUGCAAGAUCUCUGCUCAACAACUCAGGAAGUUACCUCUAAAAAUAUUACAGAGGAAGAACUUGAAGACUGGUUAGACAGCAUGAUUUCCUAAGGCCCUCAUUUUGGUACUUGUUCAAGUAACUAGCCAGGUAUAAAAUACCUGUUUGCAAGCAUUUAAUUAAAUAGCUGCUUCAUCUUUGAUUUUUAAUUAUGUCACCUGUCUAACUUUAUUUGUAUUGACAAGAUGAAACAAUAAAUCUGGACACAUUCCAGGAGAGACAAGUAUUAUCCACAGAGAAUGCUGUACAUCAGGAUGUAUAAUGAAGUAUAAUUACAUUCUCUUCAGAUUCUUGCAGAAAAAAAGUU